AUGGGCUCGUUAGCCGCGAUGUUGGUGCUUGCUCAACUUGACAUGUGUACUGGACACUGUACAGAAUUUGAUAUUCAUCUGCGCGCCGCCAGGGAUCUCAUGCGGCUGUACUGGGAGCGUCCAGCACAAAUCGGCUUUGUGGAGCAGCGACUCAUCUGGCUCGAUCUCAUGAGCUCGACAACCAGCUCGCGGCGUCCAGCCUUUGAUCUGGAAGAAACCAUCGAAUAUUUGACGCGGGCAGGAUUGCAAAAGUCGCCUUCUUUGGCGUUUCCUUGCUCAUCAGAAAUCUUUGUUACGCUAGCCUCUGCCAUACAUUACCACAAGUCGCAUGUCGGUAGCAACGACGACAAAGCCGCGUCGUUGCUCAAAGCUUACGAAUUCUGUCGAACGUUGAGGUACUACGUUGUGCCUCAAACCGUAAGCCAGAAAGAAAAGAGCCUCACUGAGUGCUAUCGCAAUGGAGCACUCCUCUUCAUCAAUGGGUUGUUCGAACGUCCAUCGCGCUCUGAAGAGACUAAGGAGGCCAUUGACAUCAUUCUCAGGCAUGUCGACGCACUAACCUCCAUUGACCCAAAGCAGAACUUCCUCCUCUGGCCGCUCUAUUAG